AGAGAGAGAGAGAGACUUACAUUGCAAAAGAUGAACCACCUUAGAAAAGGAGCCACUCUUGUCUUCCUAUUGAUCCUUGUUUCUUAUUCGUACGGGGCAAGAUUUCGAUCUUCUUGCAACCCCAGCGGCAGAAUAAGGGGCGAAAACCCCCCUCCGGGACAAUGCAACCAAGAAAACGACUCCGACUGCUGCAAAGCAGGGGAUUACUACACCACUUACACAUGUUCACCUCCCGUUUCUGGUAGCACGGGUGCAGUUCUGACGCUCAACAGCUUCCAGAAGGGGGGUGAUGGAGGUGGGCCCUCCGAGUGUGACGGUAAUUACCACUCCGAUGAAACGCCAGUUGUCGCUCUAUCGACUGGCUGGUACAGUGGAGGGUCGAGAUGUCUAAAAAACGUGACUAUAAGUGCUAAUGGCAGGACCGUGAUAGCUAUGGUGGUCGACGAAUGUGAUUCUACUAUGGGGUGCGACAACGAACACGAUUAUCAACCACCUUGUCCUAACAACAUCGUCGAUGCUUCGAAGGCUGUCUGGAAAGCUUUGGGUGUACCUGAAGAUAACUGGGGAGACUUGGAUAUCUCUUGGUCUGAUUCUUAGUUCUUGUAUUUAUUUUAAGUUUAUAAUUAUUCGAGUUGUACUUGUUUAAAUUAUGUAAAAAUAUUGUGUAACAUAUUCUAUCAUGUUCAAAGAAAAAUAUUAUUACUAUGGUUUCGCAACUGCGGGCCCGGCCCGGCCCAAAAACUAUUGAACAAUUUGCCUAGGAAGAAAA